AUGAGCGAAAACGAGAGUAGCAAUUAUGAUAGCGAUGUAAGCUUGGAUGAGGAAGAUGAAGAAUUGAUAUGGCGUGUUUUUUUUGAAGCAUUUGAGCGCUCAAAAGAUAAGCAAAAUGAAAGUGGUAACUCAGACAACGAGGAGGACUCUGAUUCUAAUUCAGACAACAUAUCAAUAACAAGUGAAGAUCUUGUAGCAGCAGAAGAUGAAGAACUAGUGAAGGAAUAUAAGAAGAUGAAAGAAAUGAAGUUUGACAAAAAUUUAGAUGAGGAACGAAAACAACAACUUCUAAUCCUAAACUUGCCGAACGAUCAAAUGGAAAGGUACGAAGCAUUUAGGCGACUGAGGAUAAACAGACCAGGCAUUAAGAAGUUAUGUAAUGGAGUUCUUGGUCAUUCCGUACAUCAGAGUAUUAUUUCGUCAAUAUGUGGUAUGGCAAAGAUGUUUGUUGGUGAUAUAAUCACAAGGGGGUUUGAAGUACAAGAGCGAGAGGCAAAGGCCAAGUUGACAGAAGAUAUAGAGGAGAAGAAGCAUCAGAAGCGUGAGAUAUUAAAGUCAUUGGAUUCCGGUAUCGAAGUGGAAGUUGAUGACACGCGUUUGCAUUAUACGGGGGAUGAUGUACAGCAAUUACAACCCCAUCAAAUACGAGAAGCGUGGAGAUUAUUCAAGUUAGAGAAUAGCGUAGACUAUAACUGUCUAUGGAGAUCUCAAGGUGACGCCAAUGGGCAAAUGUUCAGAUAA